AGCAGCACAGUAUAGCACGGGCAUAUUCCACGUUCCAGCACAACCGACGAGCCGGCCCAAAGGCGGAGCUGCCCAGGCGCCAGGCAGCAGCAGCAGCCGGUGGCCACAGCACAGCAGUAAACAAAUCCGCUCCGUCGUCACCACGCUUCAGCUCUCCCCCCCUUCGUCAACACCCGCGACCUCGCCGCCUCGGUCCGACCGGAGGCCCCCAUCCUCAUCUCCUCGCCACCUCCGCCGCCUCGCCCCCGCCCAACCUCCGCCGCCCGCUUCCUUCCUAGUUUAGUUAUUUUGUUGGUUGAGGCGCCCCCGUACCUGUGUUCUUGGGGAUUUCUUUGACCGGAUUCGAUACGGUCUCUGCUUCCUCGCCUCGCCGUUUUCCCACCCAGCUUCCUCCCGCCCCGGUCAAAGCUUGCGGCGGCCGGCCUUUUCCAGCGAGUUCCGUCCCAACUUCCAACCCUUCGCCACAGCCCCGCCGCGGUGAGCAGCUCUUCUCCCGCCCGCCCUUCGCUUCCUUUCCACCGCUUGCCAGAUCCGCGCCCCCCUCCCGUCAGCUCCACCUCUGCUGCCAAGGCGGCGGUUCUUGUUCCUCAAGACUUCUACUUUUGGCCGCGUGCAAAGAUGGCGUCCAGCGCCGGUGAUCUGCCUGAGGUGAAAUUCAAGAGGACCGGGAGCUUGGGGAGCAGCGACUAUGUGCGAGCCGACAAGAUCGAUCUCACCAGCCUCGACAUCCAGCUGGAGCAACAGCUCAACAAGAAAUGGAGCAAGUCCAACAUCAAGUCACUGGGACCUAAGGCGGACUGGGAGAUUGACCUUGCUAAGCUGGAGAUCCGGCACGUCAUCGCUCAGGGGACAUAUGGGACCGUCUACCGCGGCACCUAUGAUGGCCAGCAAGUCGCAGUGAAGCUGUUGGAUUGGGGAGAAGAUGGUUUUGCCACAGAAGCCGAAACUACUGCUUUACGAACAUCAUUUAAGCAGGAGGUUGCUGUUUGGCAUAAGCUCAGCCAUCCUAACGUUACGAAGUUUGUUGGUGCGUCUAUGGGGACCACUGACCUCAAGAUACCAGUUAAUGACAAUGGUGCGCGUGCCAACUUGCCGGCUAGAGCAUGUUGUGUUGUGGUAGAAUAUCUCGCUGGUGGCACUUUGAAACAGUACCUGAUAAAGAACAGACGGCGGAAGCUUGCCUACAAAGUUGUGGUUCAGCUUGCAUUGGAUCUGUCCAGAGGACUGAGCUAUCUACACUCCAGAAAGAUAGUACAUCGUGAUGUGAAAACUGAAAAUAUGCUGCUUGAUACACAGCGUAACCUUAAGAUUGCUGAUUUCGGUGUUGCACGUGUUGAGGCUCAGAAUCCGAAGGAUAUGACUGGUGCGACCGGCACGCUUGGUUACAUGGCCCCAGAGGUUCUUGAUGGUAAACCAUACAACAGAAAAUGUGAUGUUUAUAGUUUUGGCAUUUGCUUGUGGGAAAUCUAUUGCUGUGACAUGCCAUACCCAGACCUAAGUUUUGCCGAUGUCUCUUCUGCUGUUGUUCACCAGAACUUGCGGCCAGACAUACCCCGUUGCUGCCCAAGUGCGUUUGCGAACAUUAUGCGCAAGUGCUGGGAUGGAAACCCUGAUAAACGCCCUGACAUGGACGAGGUGGUGCAGCUCAUGGAGGCCCUCGACACGAGCAAAGGCGGCGGUAUGAUACCGGAUGGCCAGUCGUCCGGAUGCUUAUGUUUCACCAGGGCCCGUGGCCCGUAGACGCUUUGCACAGCACUCUUCUCCCUUUGGCUAUGCAUUCCCACUCGACGGGAGCUCCACAGCUUGCUCCCCGCUGUCGCUUGUGCAGACGCUGCUUGCAGCCCUCCAUAGUCGCCUUGCCGUUUCCACGGAGUUGUGUUGUGUUUGUCGCAGUUCUCAGAUGAUCACUGGUCAGCACACUUCCUUCCUAUAGCAGUCUGAUGUUGUUUCUGUAAUAGUAUAUGGUGUAUUGUAUAACCGAGGUCACACAUAAAGGUCUCUCUCUCUCCCAUUCUUGGAGCCGCUGCCGCCUUCCCGCGUCGAUUUGGGGAGGCAUGUCUUGGAUACCGGUACAUGUUUUUGAAACCUUUCUCGCUGUGUAUACUAUACCCGACCUGAAUUGAUGAGUACAGUACAAUAAAGUGCAUACAUACAUAAA